AUGGCCUUUUCCCCUAAUAAAGAAGUUCUAGAUGAGCAAGUGAAUCAAGUUACUGCAGAGGCUGAUACAUUGCUAAGUCUGUUCCCCGAGAGCCCAGUGUAUGAGCCAGAUGAUGUUGUAGUCAUUAAUGAUAGUGCUGAGAUUAAGGACCCAACUGUUUUUGAAUCCAAUAUUCAAGAUCCUACAAUUGCUCCACCAAAAAGAAAACACUCGGAGGAAAACACUGACAAUAGUGCAAAAAUACUAAAAUUAGAUCCAGAUGUUAUAGCAUGUGAAACUGUAAAUAUUGAAACACCUUGGUGUGAUACACAAUCCUUGGAUAAUGAAGUGAUGGAAAUAACUAGUGUAGCAAAAAGAAAUUUGGAUGAUGAAUUACCAUCCACUUCACGAGUCCGUACUCCUGUUCGAUCAAGCCCCAGAAAAAUUACUAAAAGAAGUAACAGUGCCGAGGUUUCCACUUCUAAAACUCCCAAAACACCAAAGUCACGUUCCGCGAGUGUUGAUUUAAUCAAUCACCUUAAAAUAACGAAAAAACAAACAGACUUUAAAAAAAUGGAAGUUACGACAGGAAGUCCAAGACCCAGUGUUGAGUUUGUCAAGGAAAUACCAGCUCCAGGGAUUCCAGAGACGAUUCCUGAAGAAAAUAACCCAGAUGAAAUGAAUGAUUCGCAAAACGUGCGUCUGAUUCUAACGCCGUCACCCGAAAAUGUUGAAGAUGAAAAACUUGUUAAUUAUAAUAGUGAAUUAACUUCUGUUAAGAACAGAGAUGAAAUCCUUGUUCCUGGCGAAAUUAAAAAGGCAAAAAGUGAAGGCUACGAUUGUUCAGACACUUUAUCUAAUGCUAUUAGUAAGGAAUACAAUAAAGGCAAAACAACUGACCAAGAAAGCACAGACAGCUUGAGUUCGAUAGGGCUAGAUAGUCCUGAGCAGCAUCCAGCAAAAUCAAAAUUGAUUUCAAAACUAUCUAAUGGGAAUUCCUCAACUCCAAGUGAUAAUGUUGCAAUUAAAAAUAUAUCUUGCGAUAACAUCACUCCUGAUAGUUCUAAACUUAAUGGAAACAAGGGAACACGCGGGAAAAUCGAGUCCUUCCGAGCUAGCAAUACGACGACACCAUCAACCAUAUCGCCAUUACAAAAUGGCCAUUCCAUACCCAUUAGUACACCUCAUAUACCAGUCUUCGAUAUCCAUGUGUCGCAUAAUGAAGAUUGCGAAUUUUUAUCUUUGUAUGUCGUCAGAACUGACAAUGAUAUAGGAAUGGACAUGUGCAAAGAGUAUCAACGGAUAUCGAAACGGUUCUCGAUCGACCCUUACUUAGGCGAUAUUUCAACCAGUACCUCACCGUCUAGUGUAACUAGUGGAGGAGUAAUCAACCUGCCGAAUAGAUCAUCGUUCGUUUCUACUGUUAGUUCAACAUCUGCAUCAAGCAAUCGAACCAGCGACGGUGCGUUUGUUGUUCCCCAACCACCCAGGAAGUUUGUCUCCAACCCAUCCACAUCAGUCAAAGGAUAUGAUGGUUUGAUGAAAAAACUUCAAGAAAUCUUUUCCCAUAUUAGAGACGCAAACGAUGAUAGUAAUCGCUCAAUGCAUGAUGAUAAAAUUUCCAUAGGAAUACAAACGUCAGAUCCUUUAAGCAAUGGGAGUGCCAGCCCUGAAGAAAUAGGGAAAUUGGAUAAAGCAACGCCGAAGAGCUCAUUAAAGAAAUCAAGAGUGCGAGGUCGAAGACCAAUCGUAGGGAAAGCUAAACGGGCUUUAUUGCCCACACAGCACGAAGAAGCUGAAUUUGCCGAAAUAAAUUCGCCAGAGCCACCAACCAACGGCGAUGGAAAGAUGUCGCCAAAAUCACCUAGGGACUCGAAAGACGAGAAACCACUGGCUAGUCUGGUUGGAACCCCUAAGUCUGUUACAAAACUGAAGAAGCAACGCAGACCUACCUCACCGAGACCCGCUACGCCUGUGGAAAAAGUUGUAGCAAAGCCGGAAUACCCAGGGUUUGCCCCUGACACAGUUGUCUUAGCCAAAUGGGUGGAUAAACGCUACUACUCCGGGAAGGUUCUGGAAAUAACGGAACCGAAUAAGUAUCUUAUCAAAUUUGACGACGGUCAGAGCAAAGUACUUUUGGAUGACUUCAUAAUAUUUGGUGACAUGAAGAAGUUGCCAUUGCAAGGACAGUCGGUGUAUGCGUUAGUUGAUGAAGAGCAAAAUUAUGAGCCGGGAUUGGUUCUCGAUGUUGAAGAAAACAGCAGUGGGACUGUUACAUAUAGAUGUACUACGGAUGGCGACACUAUAGUGAUAGUAACGGCAAGUGAGCUCUACCUAACGGAGGACCAAGCUAAGUCUCUGAAGGAGUCAGGUCGGCCCCGCUCUCCAUUCAGCCCUUCUACUCCGAGACGACGGCACAACCGGGAAUUGGACUUGGACAAUAUUAUACAGGGUCCUCGAAGCGCACGCAGUCGAGACAAAGCCGCUAACUCCAGUGCAAGGAAACGCAUCUCAUCACCCAAGAGCCCUAAAGCAUCUACAUCCGGCGUGAAACCAAAAAGCGCGCCGACACCCGGUCGAAAGCGUGUCGCGAGUGAGAGCAGUGAGAUGAGUGAAAGCAGCAACUCGGCGCCACCCGUGAGGUUGGAAGAAGUGGCUGGUGUUGAACCUGAAGUACAGAAAACGCCGAGAAAAAUUGAUGGAGUCAAAGCUGGGCCCUUACAACUGAAAGGUGCGGCGAAGCAAAAUAUAGGCAAGAAAAAUUCCAAGUUAACCAAGUUUGAGAACGACGAAGACACUGUGUCCAUGCUAGGGCCAAUACCCACUGCGGGGAGCACUAUUUUUGCGGGACUCCACUUCUUACUCACUUGCACUGAUCAACCUCGACCUGUAAGAGGGAAAAUCUCUGAAAAUGAAGCUGAAAGGAACCAAGAAACGCGUCACUAUUCAUCAGAGGAAGAUGGUGAGACGUCAUCUUCUAUGGUUGGUACUGACAGUGAGGACUUAGUCUUCUGUAACCGGCCUUUCAAUAAGGAGCGAUUGAGAGAGCAGUUGGAAGCCGGCGGUGGAACUGUGUAUAGUGACUUCGAAGACGUGCCCAAGAACAAAUAUUCCGUGUGCAAACUUAUCGCACCCCGGCCUUGUCUAACAAUGAAGUACAUACUUUGCCUUGCCGCGGACAUUCGCGCUGUCUCCCACGGGUGGGUGAUAAUGAGCUGCAGUUCUGGGCGUUUGUUGGACAUAGAUGCCUACGCCCUUCCGACAGGCCUUGCGCUAAAUACGAACGCUUUUAUCAAUUGGGUCCCAUCAUCUGGUAAACGGAACCCGACAUUCUUCAAGGACAAAUUGAUCCUGAUAUGUGGGGAACAGGACACAUUUGUAAAGUUCUGGGACCGCGUUUGUAGCCUCGCCGGGGCAUCUACCAGAGUUGUCAAUGAAGAAGACUUGAACAUGUCUGGAGCAUAUGCUUUGGUCACCGACUGGGAUUGCCCACAUGAGGUCCAAAACAAGGCAAAUCAAGAUAACAUCCCCCUGGUUUCCACGACGUGGGUGAAGCAGUGCCUGAUAGAAGGCAAAGUUCUGCCCCCAACCAGCCACGAUCGGUUCUCAUUCAUGUAUACUGAGCCCGAAUGA